ACCACCCGCCGCUACCCCAGCCCCGCUCACCUCACCUCGCCUCGCUGACCGGCCGGCGACGACGAUGGGGCGCGUGAAGCUGGCCAUCAAGCGGAUCGAGAACAACACGAACCGGCACGUGACCUUCUCCAAGCGCCGGAACGGGCUCAUCAAGAAGGCCUACGAGCUCUCCGUCCUCUGCGACAUCGACAUCGCCCUCCUCAUGUUCUCCCCCUCCCGCCGCCUCUGCCCCUUCUCCGGCCGCCACGGGGUGGAGGAUGUGCUUCUCCGGUACCUCAACAUGUCGGACAACGACCGGGGCGAACCCAUCCAGAAUCGGGAGUACCUCAUCAGCAUGCUCCAGAGGCUCAAGCGCGAGAGCGACAUGGCGACACAGCUCGCAAACCCGGGGGCGCUGAACGAGAAGAUAGAGGAGAUUCAGAAGGAGAUAUACGCGUGUCAGCAGCAGCUGCAGAUCUCCGAGGAGCGCCUCAGGCUGUUCGAGCCGGACCCCGCCGCGUUCGGUUCCAUGGGCGAGAUCGACAAUUGCGAGAAGUUCCUCAUGGACAUGCUCACCCGCGUCGUCGAGAGGAAGAACUACCUGCUCAGCAACCUGGCCCCGUUCGACCCAACGGCGCCCGGGAUGCAGGGCGGGAACGAGGCGCAGAUGUACGUGCACGCGAUGAAGACGGAGGAAGGCGGCGGCAUGGGCACGUUCGCCGGCGACGCCGCCGCGCUGUGGGGCUCUGACGACGGGCAAAACCCCGGCCACCAGAUCUUCGGCGGGACCGACCCGAUGAUCUACCUCAGCGACCCGGACGUGUACGACGGCAAAUCGCAGGUGGCCGGGAUGCACGGCGGCGACGGCGAUGUCGGGGGCAGCAGCCAGACGGCGGAUCCGUGGCGGCAGGCGUACAGCUACACCGAGCUGCUCUCCACGCUCAUCCCCAACACGCCCUUCCCUCUCAUGCAGCACUGCCUGGGCCCUGACGACGGCCAGUACCUGCCGGCCAUGGUGCCGGCGGCGCAGGACCAGCUGGAGGCCUCCGCCAGCUGCUCCUACAACAUGCCCACAAGCGAUGAGAGCGGCACGCCCGUCAUGGCGUACGACGGCGGCGGUGGCGUGCCGCCGCCCAACGUCGGCUGAUCUCAUCGGCCCGCUGGUCCUAUCUAUAUCUAUCGUGACCUAAGCAUGGCGCUGAUGCAAAAUCGACUAUAGCUAGGCAGUGCUAAUGUGUUAGUGGUGGCGCACGCAUCACACGCGUGUAAUAAUAAGAAAAUAACUCUAGUAGAACGAAAUCAUAUUUUCAUAAUAAAUGCUUAAUAAAACCCGGAGAUGUUGUGGAUCAGUCAA